AUGCUCUGCAUAUUGUUUAGUAGCAUUAGCUUCAUUAUAGCUGUAACAAUAUUUAUUUGGACAGCAUAUUUAAUUUACGAAGAAGACAAACAAAUAAGAGGCCAAGGAUGGGCGUUCUACGAGGAGCACUUAUUAGGUAUAAACCGGAUUGUAUCUAAUACACGAGUAGCGAUGUACAGUCUGCACAUGGUGCUCUCUCCGGUGCAAGCACUAUGUUGCGCUGGCAUACUGAAUAUACUUUUCAAGAAUUUACGACUUAUUCAGGCUGAUCGGAUAACAAAAGGCUACUUUUUCACGCAACCGGUCAUUGGACAGCAGACAGUGCUUGUUCCAAUUGAACUGAAACAAGUGGAAACGCUUGAUGACAGCGAAACCGAAAAUGCAUCCAUUGGUGUACAAACAAGCGGCAACCAGAGCAACAAAGAAAGUUUAUGGAGCUAG